AUGCCGGUCCUGUGCAGCAGCUGCUCUGACAAACGUGCCGUGCUGAAGCGUCCAAAAACCGGUCACUCUCUGUGUAAGCAGUGCUUCUUUUGGGCCUUUGAGGAGGAGGUGCAUCAGACCGUUGUGGCAGCGGAGCUCUUCAAACCUGGGGAGGUUGUGGGGAUCGCCGCCUCUGGAGGAAAGGACUCCACGGUGCUCGCGCAUGUCAUGAAGCUUCUCAACGAGCGGUACAACUACGGCCUCCAGCUCAUGCUCAUCUCGGUGGAUGAGGGGAUCACUGGUUACAGAGACGACUCCCUGGAGACGGUGAAGAGGAACCAGCAGCAGUAUGAGCUGCCGCUGAAGAUUGUGUCGUACGAGGAGCUGUACGGCUGGACUAUGGACGCUAUAGUGAAGCAGGUGGGGCUGAAAAAUAACUGCACCUUCUGUGGAGUGUUCAGAAGACAGGCGCUGGACAGAGGAGCCAUCAUGCUGAAAGUGGAUAAGAUAUGUACAGGUCACAAUGCUGACGAUGUGGCAGAGACGGUGUUGAUGAAUGUCCUGCGUGGAGACAUAGCUCGUCUUCGCCGCUGCACCACCAUCGCCACAGCCAGUGAGGGUGAUGGGGUUGUACCGAGAUGCAAACCCCUCAAAUACGCCUAUGAGAAAGAGAUUGUUUUAUAUGCCUACUUUAAGAAGUUGGACUACUUUUCUACUGAGUGCAUCUACUCUCCCAACGCUUAUCGUGGCCAUGCAAGGACCUUCCUCAAGGACCUGGAGAGUAUACGACCCAGCUCCAUCGUGGACAUCAUCCACUCUGGUGAGAACCUGUCUGUGCGUGAGGGGGUGAAGAUGCCAGUCCAGGGCUCCUGCACUCGCUGUGGCUACAUCUCCAGCCAGGCGCUGUGCAAGUCGUGUGUGCUGCUGGAGGGGCUGAAUCGAGGUCUGCCGAAACUGGGGAUAGGCAAGCACCACCGCCUGCACGACAAAAUCCUCUCCCAGCAGCCUCUUACAGAAAACGAGAAGAGAAAGCUGAAAUCUGUGGACUUGUGACAUUUAUUAACAAUUUAAUGUUUAGGUUAUAGGAUCAAAACUGAGAUUAAAUUGUUAGAGGUCAGAUUUAAAUUACCGUAUUUUUCGGACUAUAAGGCGCACUUAAAAUCAUUUAAUUUUCUCAA